CUGCUAACGGAGUCGUUCUGGGAUCUUGCCAAGUACCUAUCGGAUGAUGACGCCUGGAACGAUGAUCUCGUCAAAGUCCGCGUCGUCUUCCGCUGGAUUGCGUCAUACAACGUCAAGAAAAUGAAGAUAACCGAGACGCCGCCCCCUAACACACCUCUAGAGUACUUCAGUAAAAUCCAGAGUGGAUUCGGUAACCAUGCUCAACUCUUCUUUAUAAUGUGCCAGUUGCUUGACAUCCCUUGUGUAGUUGUAGACGGAAUGACUAAAAGUAAAGUGUACACGGUGGGUGACCCGAUAAAUCAAGAAGAAAUGGCGGCGCAAUGGAACGCAGUGUACAUCAAAGAUGAAUGGAGGCUGAUCGACCUAUUCUGGGCCAGAGAGUGCGUGGAGGUAGACUCCGGAAACGAUGAUGAAUAUGACGAAAACGGAGAUUUUAUGUCUAUUGAUGAUGUUAACAGCGAAACCGCGGAUACCAUAUCAAAGGCUUCCUUCAUUCGGUACCACCACAGCGAGGAAGUGGACGAGCAGUACUUCCUCACGGACCCCAGACAGCUUAUCUGGACGCACUUUCCUUUCGACUCAAAAUGGCAGCUGAUGAAGACCCCAAUGUCCGAGAAGGAUUGGGAGGAACAACUGUACGUCAGAGAACGCACCCACGAAAUGGAACUCAGCAUCAAGAGAAAUCUGUAUGGAAAAUGUGUUGUGAACGCCAAAGACGGCAAGGCUGACAUCAUUAUUUGGUUUCCAGAGAAAAGGGGGAAAUUUUAUGAAUUUAAGCAUUCAUUUAAGCGGACAAAUGUAUCGCAGGGCAGAAGGCCUAUUGAUAGAAUUCUAAACAGAUUUACUAUCUUCGACCAAGUCCACGACCGGAUCCACUUUAAGUGUAUGCUCCCUGUAUCAGGCAGUUACUACCUCGAUUUUUACGGACGGGAUAAAAAUAUAAAAGACCUCUCUGAAUUUGACUUACUGUGUACCUACGUUAUAGUCAGCACUACCCCUGACAAAGAGCCAGAGCCACUCCCAGACUACCCUCGUAUAGGAUGGGGAGAGUGCGCACGCUCGAGAAAGCUAAAACUGCUUCCCAUUACACACAAGGAAGCCUUCAUCACGACAGAAGACGGAAUUCUGGACAUCAGGAUGCAAGGGAGUGACAAAAUUAGACUUAAGUUAAAACUAAAGAGCACGAUAGUCGACGAAGCUAACCUUGUAAAGUACGCCAUGAUGCACUGGCACGCCGGGGAAUAUCUAAUACAGACCCGCCUUCCUAAGCCCGGUAAAUACGCCCUUAAGCUAUACGGUUUUAUGGAACCUAACGCCACAGAAAUGGUCAAUGUUUAUAACUACAUGAUAACGUGUACAGGCCGCAGUGUGAAAAACUACCCCUUCCCUUGCUUUGCACAAGACAAACUAGGUGAAGACCCUAACGCGUACAAAAUAUGGGUCCGUGGAUUCCAGACAGAGACAAGCUUCAUAGAAGCUAAAGAAGGGCACACCAAAUUAGAAUUCGAAGCCAAAGAUGGCGUACUGCUUCUGACUGAACUUAACACAAAUAACCCUUUUGCCGCAGAGCGCAUGCGUGUUGUGCCGAAGGAGGAGAGAAAUCACCAGUGUUACUACUUAGAUCUUCCGGUUGAAGGGGAGUACUCAUUUAAUCUGUUUGCGUAUAAGAAAAGCAACAGCCAGAAAAUACACAACGCAUUUACUUACCUUGUUCACUCAUCAGGACGACCUAUAGAAAAGGGUCAAACAAAUACAACUAAAGGAAACACCAGCAGAAAUUUCUGGAGAGACUGUAAUGAGAUAACGACAGAGACAAUAGAAACAACCGAUGACGAAGUCAUUCUUCCGGUACCAAGAUGUUUGGAUAAUUUGAUAGCGUUUCUCAGCAAGCGGAAGUCCGAGGAGCCACCUAGCGCUAAAUCUGUAGAACGUUUUACAGAGAAAGAGAUCGAGCUAUAUAGGGUGAAGGUCCCGGAUGUGGGUGAGUAUGUCUUCACUAUUUAUGAGAAGAAAGAUGCUGGUUUUGUGAAGAGCAGAGCCAGAUACUUGAUCCGGAAGGUGGAGGAUGAUGACGAAGAGAAGGAAGACCAGGACUUCCUGGAGGUUCUGAGUAUCAUCCGUGACGAGCGGAGAAAGGAGGGGAAGAGCGUGACGGAGGCCGACAAACAUCUAAACAGUAACAGAAAGAUCCAGCUGGAGCAACCCAAAGUCAGUGAAAGAAUAGCACUUUCUCAGAGGCUGAAAUCCGCCAUUAAUUCUCGGAGACCUGCUCAGUUGAAGAGGGCACUUGACGAGUACAAAUAUCUAAAGCCGACCCAGACAGACGAUUUACUGGUGGACGGUACCCGGCUCCUCAGGAAGCUCGAGGCACAGGAAGGUUUGAUUAGGGCGUAUGAAGAUCAAAAUUUAGAGGACUUAGAAAAGGCGAUAGUAAAGGCCCGAACUAUAAAUGACCCGUCUAUGAAACAGCCCUUGGCCUUAGCCUCAAGAUUACGGGAUCGUCUUGCUGCUAAAAAUAACCUCAGAGACAUGAUGCUGAACGCAGACAUCCGGACUAUUUACGAGCUCCGGAAGUUAGUUCAUCCACCAGAUGGCGUUCAUCAAGCUAUUAAGGCGGCGCUGAUUCUGCUGGAUUCUCCACGCCAAGAAGUCGAGGACUGGAAUAAAUGUUUAGCCAUGCUUGGAAACAGAAGUCAGGACGGGUUACGAUACCGGAUGGCUGAACUCAAUCCCUCUGACGUCAGCCGGAAGAACGCUCUGGAUGCUAAAGUAACAAUAGAACCGUAUACGGCAGAACAGCUCAGAUACAUCAGUCCCGGAGCUGCCGCCUUCUAUCUCUGGAGUGAUCAAAUAAUUAAAGAGGUGGAAGCAAACAGUGGAGUACUGAAGAAAAAGCCACCAAAACCAAAAACCCCAGUUCCUCCCCCACCCCGCGAGCCAACACCUCCACCACCGAAGAAAAAGAAAGAACCAUCGACGAAAUUUGUAACCCUGGACAAACUUAUGAAAGAAAAAUAUCCAAUGGAUCCGGAUCCCAACGCUAAACCAGAAAAGCCUACUCCCACUCCGGCUCCGGAGCCACCGACCAAUGAUGAUACAUCGAGCUCAAACAGCUCCUACGUCGCACGACAUCAACAGCGGACGAAUUACUAUGGAAAGAAAAACAGAGCAUCAAGGGCAAGUAAUAUUAAUAGUGAAAGUCCAGUUUCUAAAACUCCUGUGAAUUCUAUGUCGCCUGAUCCUAAUCAAAAGAAUCCAAACAAAUCCGAGUCACCAGAUCGGAGGCGACCCAGGAAUAAGCCGGAAAAGGACCCGAAAGGCUCGCGACCACCAAAUGAUCCGGACGAAAAGACAGACAAAACGAAUAAACCAAAGGAAAAUAAAAAUGUGCCAAAUAAAAGUGUCCCAUCGAAAAACGCACCAAAUAUCGGAAAUCCGACAAAAAAUCCACGUGAUGCAAGUCCUGGAAAAGCUGGGGCACCAAACAGGGACAUUAAACGAAAUGAAUCUCCAACAAGGAGGCCCGAUAAAGGGGAGUUAAAACGAAUAGACAGUCGUGGUUAUUACAAGAAUUUCAAAGCACAGCAAAUUCUCAAUCAGAGCAUGGAACCGGAUAUUCUACAAAUAAACCACGAUACGGAUCCGGUGGAGGAUCCGUUAGAACCCAAUGACCCGAAAGGAUAUAACUCUCUUUAUCAGAAGAAGAAACAUUUUAAUGAGUUUAAAUCAUUACCCAAACAAGCCGUGUGAUGAUAUUGUGCUCAUUUCGUUUGUAAAAAUUUUUCUCAAAUAGA